CCCCCCUCUUCCUUUCCUUCAUAAUCGGUGCACACAGAGAUGCAUAAAUUGUCUACACAGGCCCUCCCAGCAGACGAGUCUAGCGAGGCAAUUUGGGGCUCCCCCCGUUGCUUCGCCUUCCCCACCCUCAUGGAAGCCGUGUGGGGACCCUACCAUAUGCCGAUAACCCUUCGUCCGGCUGAGUUCGAAGUACGAACUUCGAAUACGGCUGCAACACGGUAGCUUAUCUGGGCUAAGGACACACGUGGGUUCGGUUUUGUUAUAUACCUAGAAAGGCACCCCUUACGUAUGCGAUUGCCG